AUGAUUCCCAGUCUGGUGUAUGAGAAGGCUCUUCAUUCAAAAGCUGUCAUAUCUUUGUAUAGAGAACUACUACGAGAUGCCAAUAAACUUAAGAAUGUGAAAGUUAAUGACGAAAUUCAGAAACAACUUGGAAGUGAUCAUAAUGAAGCAUAUUUUAAGAACUUAUCAUUUGAAUUAAAAUCAUUUAUAAAUGAAGAAUUCAGGAAUCCAAGAAGGAAUACGUCUGCUUUAGGUAAUCAGAUCGUCAAAGGUGUUCAAUUUAUUACGUGUUUACAUGAUUUCAUUAUUGAUAACCAGCAAUUUGAACCUUUAUUAACGUUUACGAACGACUAUAAGUCAGAUCUUGACAAAAAGCAAGAGAGAAGAGCAGAACUUUUAAUUAAGAAAGCAAAUGGAGAAAUAAAGGAAACCAAUAAUAAGUACCAUAUGAAGAAACCAACUGAUCCUGUCACCAUUUUCUAUAAAUUAUCAACCAAAGAAAGAAGUAAGGUUUUAAAGGAAGAGAUUGAAAAAUCGAAAUUCCAAUCCAAUCAUUUAUUAAGACGAUAUUUCGCUCUACAACAAUCACAAUUCAAGAUUCCAUUGCCUCAAAAAUUACCCUACACAUCUCAAUUACCUAAGGCUAAAGCCAGUGAAUUAGGAAACGCCUCUUAUGGCAGUAAACGAUCAGAAAAUGCCAGUGAUAUAUAUAAAUCUUAUGAUCAAGACUAUGUGGAUGCUAUCGUUAUACCAUCUUUGGAAUAUGAUAUUAAUAAGUUUCACUUUUUCGAACAGUUUAGUUGGAAAAUAAAUGAAAGAGGUCCAGCUAAAGUUAAGAUAAGAGUUACCAAUGCUGGUGCUUAUGGAAUGGCAUAUCUUGAUUUACCAUUUCGGAAUAACAAAGAUUUAACAAAGUUAGCAAAUGAUAUAAAGAAUCUGAUCAAAUUAAAUAGAGUCAAAAGUGUUUGGGAUUCUCCUGAUGGUAGAAUUAAUGAAGAAAGAUUACAACGUGAUGGAUCAUAUGGUAUUAAAGGGAGUAGAGGAUUUGGUCCUGAAGAAACUUUCCAUCCAAGAUUUCAUCAUGAAGAACUUGCUAUAAGUGAAGGAGAAUGGGAAUUUCUUGUUUAUCUUGAAUCUUUAGGGGAUAAGAUAGCUGAAUCAGACUUUAAUGAGUUAAUCAAAUUACGUGAUUCAAGUAUAAAAUUGUGGACUGAUGAUUUAAAUGUUGUUAGUAAGUUGCUAGAAUCCGAAUAUCAAAAUCAAAAGUCAGAGAAAAUGCGAAUAAGAUCUACUGAAUCCAAAGUAGAUAACGAAAGAUCUGACUAUCAAAAACAAAUGAAUCUCCAUUUUGAAAAGAUGACAGAGUCUUAUUUGCAACUAUUAGCAAAGUUAAAGAAUAAUCAAAUUCACAAACAUAGCGAAUUGGUAAAUCUCGGCGAUAGAGUAUCUAAUUCAUAUAGAAACAAACUUGAUCAUGAAACCAAAGCUAAAAAGGUGAUCAAUGGAAUUCCAAGUAUAGAAAGGAUUGGCUUGGCAAAGAAACUUCCUGAAUAUUUAGUAGAGGCAAAAUAUACCAAUUUUAUGUGGGGGCAAAAAUUUUAUGAUAGAUUUAAAUUUUAA